AGAAGAGUGGCACAUUUUGUUUUAUAACGAUUUUGAUAAUAAGUGAUGGAUUUGAAUACCAAAGCUCCACUAACUCAACGAACAAGGCUGUUAAUGCAAUUGUCUGCAGAAAAAGGACUCAGUGAUUUAGAAAAUGAGGGAAUAUAUGGACAAUCAUCAGAAACUGGAUCUGGCAAAGAACUUACAGCACCUAAUUCACCACCCCCAAUUAAUCCACCUUGUGAAGGAGAAAAUGCGUUACCGCAUUUCAGAGAUGUGACAGAGAUUGUAGAUUCAUUCUUGACAGCUAGCCCAUCAAAAAUAAACGAUCAACUGAUUGAUCUCGACAAUGGCCUGCUUGAUUCCCUAGGGACUGAAAAGGGCGAAGAGAUAUAUAAUAUUGAUCAGCAGGCCAGAGACACAUUGUCACAUAUACGAGAAGCUCAAAAUACAGAAGCGGAGUUCGACGAUGUUGAGUCACCCUGUGAUGACUCCGAUGCAGACCCAGACUAUGUUUCGUCUGCAUCGGCAGAAUCUCCUUCCCCCGAAUUAUCAAAUUUCGAAGAGCCCAAAGCAAAGAAGCCCAGAAGAAGAAAAAUGAAUGUAGAUGCUUGGCAAAAGAACAUUGCAAAACGGCAACGAAAUAGAGGACUGGAAUACAUAUCGUCAUCCAGCAAAAGGGUCAUCAAGUCUAGAGAAAUGGGACCUCCCUGCCAAAAUUGCCGAUUAAAAUGCAACGAGAAAAUCUCCAGUGAGGAAAGAAAACUAAUAUUCUCUGAUUAUUGGAGUCUAGGAGAUCUGCAGCGGCAACGAGAUUACUUGGCAAAAUGUAUGGAAUCUGUAACAUGCAGAUAUCAGUAUAAAAAUAGUAGGCGUGCUAGCAAUAAUGCGUUCUACUUUUUUAUCCGAGGAACUAAAAUAAGAAUAUGUAAACAUUUCUUCAGAGCAACAUUGGGUAUUACGGACCGUCCGAUAAGAACUGUGUUGGAAAAACAAAGAAGCUUUACCAAAGGGAUACUGUCGGGUGAACAGAUAGGGAAACACGGUAAUCACCAUCGCGUCGAUGAUGAUAUUAAAACUGGGAUUAGAAACCACAUAAAUUCGAUACCACGUAUAGAAAGUCACUAUUGUACGAAAGAUUCGAAUAGAGAAUACAUUGAAGGGGGCAAAACAGUGGCCCAGCUACAUAGAGACUACGUCGAAUCAUGCAAACAAGCUGAGAAACCUUACGGCAACUACCUAAUGUACAGCAGAAGAUUCAAUCCUGAAUUUAAUAUUUCAUUCUUUUUGCCUAAAAAAGAUCAGUGCACGGACUGUGUUGCAUUCCAAAUGGCAUCUGGUGAAGACAGACAAAAUUUAGUUAGUGAUUAUGAGACUCACAUCGCUGAAAAAGACCUAUCACGCCAAGAAAAAAAAGAAGAUAAAGAAAAUAGUGAAAGCAACGUAAUCGUUGCAGUUUAUGAUCUGCAGGCUGUACUUCAGUGUCCUAGAGGAGAGACAUCACCUUUUUACUACUGUUCAAAAUUGAAUGUAUUCAAUUUUACAAUUUACGAACUGAAAACAAAGGAUGUCCAAUGCUACAUGUGGGACGAGUCUGAAGGAAAUAGAGGUGUCUGCGAAAUAGGUACAUGCGUAUUAAAUUACAUUGAAUCUCUAGAAAGUAGAGCUAAUCAAAUGUAUAACAAGAAGAUUGACCUUAUCUUUUACUCCGAUAAUUGCUGUGGACAGCAGAAAAACCAUGUUAUGUUUAAAAUUUACCACCAUGCUGUCCAAAAAUACAAUUUUAUCAACUCAAUAACGCAUAAGUUCCUCAUCAAAGGACAUACCCAGAAUGAAGGCGAUAGCGUCCAUUCCGUGAUUGAACGACAUGUCAAGCGUUCGUUGAAGUCAGGCCCCAUAUUUAUUCCAGCCCAGUAUGUAACCAUAAUACGAACGUCCAAAGUAUCAGGUAGCCCCUACAGAGUGCAUGAGCUGAAUCAUGAAGACUUCCUUGAUUUAAAAGAUUUUGCUUCUACGGCAGCAAGAAGCUUCACAAAAAAUGAUAGAAACGAAAGUAUCAAGAUAGCAGACAUUAAAGUAGUAAAAGCGGAUAAGAAUAACCCUAAUAAAAUACUUUAUAAAGCAUCUUAUGCUGAUGAAUACCAAACCAUUGAUAUAGGGCUUUCUAGAUACUGCAGAAGACGGAAUGUAGAAAACGAUGAUACGUUGGUAAUCAAAAAGCUAUAUCGAGUUAAACCAGGGAUUACUGAAAAAAAGAAAAGUAGUAUUUUAAGUUUAUUCAACCAACCUAGUUCUGUGAUUCCGAAGACUUACUUUCAGUAUUAUAGUAACUUGUAA